AUGAAUCAAUUUGUACGGCGUUUGAACGUCUCUUGCGGAGGGACAAACUUCUUGCUCAUCCCAUUUUCUUACCGAGCAGAGAACCUAAAGUAAGAACUUCUUCCACUUCUUCCAACUUCUGCUAAAUUUUCAGCUACCGGAACCUUCUUAACGCUGAUACGAUAGUUCUGCGACUGGGUUGGUUUUUUUUUCAAAACAUUCCAAUUUUUAUAUCUGAUUUUCAUAGUUUUGUAAAUGAUGAAUGCCUUUUUCAGACAGCUGUAACCACGGACUUCUACCUCGUGAGCAAACACCGCGAUAUCGUCACGGAAAAGGAAAAAACGCAGAUGGGAAUGCUGACGUCGCUGGUUUCGUUUGA